AUGUUGCAAUCAACAGAUGCUGUCCUCAAUGAUCUUUUCGAGAAUUAUGCCGAGCAAGGCUUUCUCUCAGAUAGCCUUCCCCUAGCCAGAAUCUCAAACCCUUAUUACGCGUCCUGGGAGGAUAUAGCCAGCCAACUCCCAAUCCUCAUCCAAACAAGCCAAAUCCGCGAGAAAAUCGAUAAUAUGCCCGUCUGCACAACUGAGCAUCUUCAGACCGAACCAGAAUGGCGAAGAGCAUGUGUUAUUAUGGGAUAUCUCGCCCAUGCCUAUAUCUGGGGAGGGGAAACCCCAAAAGACAGACUGCCCCCCUCAGUCUCAAAACCCUUCCUUGAGAUAUCAGCCCACCUCGAGCUUCCUGCCUGCGCUACCUACGCCGGCCUCACACUAUGGAACUUCCUACCUUCCCACCCAGAAGCAGACAUCACAGACCCAGACAACCUCCACGUUCAAACCUCCUUUACCGGCACAAAAGAUGAGGAAUGGUUUAUGGUGAUCUCUGUCGCCGUUGAAGCCAAAGGCAUCAAGCUCAUGUCCUUGAUGCGAGACGCUUUCAAGGCAGUUACUGCCAAUGACGUAGACCUACUCACUGCCCUCUUGUGCAGGUUCGCCGACGGUUUGUGCGACCUCACAUUGACUCUAAAAAGGAUGUACGAGCACAACAAGCCGGCUGUCUUCUUCCACCAGCUUCGGCCAUUCUUGGCUGGCAGUAAGAAUAUGGGUCAUGCUGGUCUUCCCAAUGGCGUGUAUUAUGAUGUGGGUGAUAGUGAUGGAGUGGAAAUACCGGGAAAUUGGCUCCAGUUGAGUGGUGGGAGUAAUGCACAGAGCUCGCUGAUUCAAGCACUUGAUAUUUUCCUUGGUAUUAAGCACUCUGCGACAGAUGGGAAGCAGGCUUGUGGGCCGAGUUUUAUUCAGCAAAUGCGAGACUACAUGCCUGGUCCGCAUAGACGCUUCCUUGAAGAGCUAUCUGAUCGAGCUAAUGUUCGUUCGUUUAUACUGGACUCGCCGGUUCAGUCGCUUAAGGAUGCAUACAACGCCACUGUGAAUGAGCUCAAGGCUUUCCGUGAUACACACAUCCAGAUGGUCACCCGAUACAUUAUCAUGGCGUCGAGGCAGCCGAAUCCAGUUGAACAGGGGAAAGACACAAUGAAUCUAGCCACGGCCAGCUCUCAAAUGAAAGAAGCAGGCGCGAAGACUAAGCUUGCUGGAACUGGUGGCACGGAUUUGAUACCCUUCCUGAAAAAGACCAGAGAUACGGUUCAAGAUGCCAAGUGCUAG